AAAAACGUCCCAUCUUCUAGACAAAUAAUAAUCAUUUCUCUCGGGACCAAGCACCAGUCCUCCCGCCACUUUUCCGUUCAAGCUUUACAUUUGUAAUCUGGAUGUCUUUUGAAGCUGCUUUGCACAUGUCAUAUACCGUCAGGCCAGCCACAGUCACUGCCGUCAAGGCCUCCAUCUCCACUCUGGUCUGUCCGCAUGUGGCCACUUCCCCUUCUAUCUCAACACUCGAAUCUUCAGGGUUCAAAGUCAAACCCACUCAGACAUGCGUCAAGUUAAUAUUGUGGCACAGUGGGAAUGAAUCUGCUUGUCUCCUUUGCCCCGCUGAUUCCAGCUAUCAUAGCCACACCAAGAAUGUCUCCUUUCCCCAUCUCGUUGGCUGAAACAAGGUCGAACACUUUCCUUCCCAAAAUGACCUUGCAGCUAGCAACUGCCACUCUAUUGCUAUCCUCUUUACUGGAUACGUCUACCAUUCGACUAGCUAGCUGGGGGGUCACCAAAUAUGGAUUCCAUUUCCUUGUUAAGUUCGGCAAUAGCAUUGGAAAUAUCAUGGUCACUAGCAUUGCAAAAGAACCCGGUUGGUUGAGGCAACUUUGUAGCAACCCGGCGAAGAAACAUUGUGAGACUGGCGUAGAGUGCUUCACCUCAUCCUAAGUAAAAUGAUGAAAAAUAACUCCUAGUUGCUCUCUCUUCCCUCUCCAGGUGUCCGACGGCGACA